AUGGAGGAGUAUGCGAGAGAACCUUGGUAAUAUUUUAAGCUUAUAUCUUAGAUGGUAAAAUGCACUGUAAUUUUCUACAGUGCGAAUAUUUAUAAACUGUAAUAUCCAUCUUCUUUUAAAAUACAUUCCUUUUGCUAAUCGCAGGGUGUAUUGCUAUGAUACUUGUGGUUUUUGCAAGCUAUAGUGAAAAAACUUUCCUUUCGAAUUUUUGCAGCCCUUACAGAAUUGUCGAUGACUGCGGCGGUGCUUUCGCGAUGGGAGCGAUCGGUGGAGGAAUCUUUUCCUUCAUGAAAGGAUGGAGAAAUUCGCCAAAAGUAAGGCUACUGUUACUUUAUUUCUGGCGUGAAUUUCAAAACAGUUUUCAUCAGUGUGUAAUAUAAGCUUAUGUAAUUAAGCUCACUGCACACGGUGGUUGAAAACGAAUUUGAAAUAUUAUUGUUAUUAGCGUAAUAAUGAAUAUCAAGACAUCACGUCUUCAUUUCCAUCGCCAAUUGAGGUUAAGAUAUAUUCUGGCUAAUAAACUGUUCCCCUCAAAAAUAUUAUAAUACAAACUGGGGGAAUGGAUGUGGGUAUCCUGUGCAUUGAUGGAUUUUCAUUCCCUGAUAAAUCACAAAAACAUCUUCAUCCCUUGUUCUUCUUAAUGUCCUGACAAGGCAGACCAAAGUGGCUGUACAUUCUGUAGGCCAUUUGCUUAUUUAUGCUCUGUUUAUUAAUUAAUAUUAUUAAUCACUGAAAAUAUUUCUUCAUUCCUAAUUGGCUUAAGUCCCACACUAUUUCUUAUUAGUAAAAUCCAACUAGUGGUCUAUUAUCCAUGCUGCAUUCUGAUUGGUUGAGCUACUACUAGGCUAUAUGUUAUAGCUAACUAGUAGCGAAAAGCGCUGGCUUUGAAACCCAAAACAGUGGCGGCUGAAUUGUGUUUUGCUAGCUAAAGUUGUUUUGUCUUGAUAUUUUUGGCCAACUACCGGUAGUUGGAUUUUGCUGAAACAAUUAUUCCUCUCACCCUCAUGGCCUCUGAGUCAAUAGCCCAUUCGGGCUCAAGGAAUAAUUGUUAAAUAACCAGCUAGCGUUGACCAAAUUCAGACACUAAGAAGUGUGCAAUAUCCAGAAAAUGACAUUAAUAGUACAGAAUCAUAACAAGCAAAAGAGACUGCAACCAAGGAGCCCUGGAAAAGAUGAUGCACUGUUUUGGUAGAGCAAACAAAAUGGUGGACCUUGUCUAGGAGUGUGUCAUCCUUCUCCACCUUUGGCCUCAGUGGAUAAAUCCCUCCUUGAUCUCAAUAAUUCUUCAUAUCAUACUUAGCCUUAUCCAAUAAUUAUUAAUUUUUGGUUAGAGCAUCAACUGCAAGAGCUGGCAGGUUUCUGAUUAAUCAUACCUUUGUCUGUAGGGUUCCAGACUAUUUGGCAGUAUAGCGGCAGUUAAGACAAGAGCUCCUGUCCUUGGAGGUUAGUCAACAUGUCCAUGCAUUUAAUUCAAAGCAGAUGGACUAUAAAAAAAUAAUUGUCACUGCUGCAAGUAUAUAAAUAAAGUAACUGUGCAGGUAAGAAGCCUAAAACAUGAGUAAUUCUCCUAUAAUAAUAAUACUAUAAUAAUAAUUCUCCUAAAUAGCAUGAUUUGUAGUGAUAUUUGGCAUAAAUACCACGAGUGAUAUUUCAAAAUUGUUAUACGUAAUUUCACGAGCCAUUAGGCGAGUGAAAUUUAAGACAAUUUUGAAAUAUCACGAGUGGUAUUUAUGCCAAAUAUCACGUACAAAUCAUGCUAUUAAUUGUUUAUACUACUACCCUUAAAAGGUUUGUAAUUUUCACAUGUAGGUAUUUCAAAUUAAGCUGAAAUACCACUGCUCUAAGCCAAUCAAAUUGCAGAAAUUUCUCAUGUAGUAGUAUAAACCAUCUAAUAUUAAGAACAACAUUCUAAUUCUUAGUGCUGGUUGUUUAUUACAGGUAAUUUUGCUGUAUGGGGAGGGCUAUUUUCUACGUUUGACUGCUGUUUAAUGGGAAUAAGAGGAAAAGAAGAUCCUUGGAACUCAAUAGGAAGUGGUGCAAUCACAGGAGCUGUACUGGCUGCGAGAGGUAAUAACCAUAACUUAACAGAGUUAGAGGGUUCUAGAAAUGCAUGUCUUGCUAAACCAUGGGACGCUUAGGAGAAACAUCAAACAAAACACCAGUAGGAAAUAUAUAGGCUUGAUUUCCGCCAUCUCCCAGGUCCGGUCUUGGAUGAGUGCGGGCUCAUUUUCCCAAACAGCAGCUGGUAAUCGAGCCUAGGAAAUAUAGUCAAAAUAGCCAACAAAGAGGGAAAAAAGCUUCAUUGUUUAAAUCUAAGUGACAUAAGGAGCAUGCAAACCUUAUCUCCAUACCCUGGUUGGUUUCCCUAAUACUAUCCGAUUCAAUGGAUAGUUAUUUGUCUGGCUCCAGUUGUUCAAAAAUGAUCUGCCUUCUAGGAUGUUCUUGGUGCUAGGAUCUUCCUUCCUCAUCCAUGUAUUUAAAACAGCCCCUGAGAAAUUACCUGCUUAUCUUGUUGACUGAUUGUUUAUAGGGGGACCUUCAGCGGCUGUCAGGUCAGCAGCAGUUGGAGCCAUCUUGCUGGCAUUAAUUGAAGGAAUUGGUAUCUGUAUCACAAGAAUGACUGCAGAACAGUUUAAACCAGGUUCGUCUUCAUCUUUUGUCAGUGUUUUCAGAUUUAUCAUUGAUUGAACUGCAGUGUCCCAGAAUUUUAUUAACAUUAUAACUGUGGGAUCUGCCACCAAGACUGAGUGAAACAUGAAACAACUGCUCAAAAUAUGAAAAGGAGGUAUAUUUAACAGAGCAAGUGCAAAAGGCGGCAAAGAUGGAUAAAAGUGAAGAAGAUUGAAAUGGAUUGCAAUUGUGGUUGUGGAAGACUUGUUAGCGUAACAGUCGUUCACAGUUCAUUUUGGUUCUUUGUAACAUUUGACAUGAAUCCUUGAUUUUGUCAAAUCCUGGCCCCAGUGGUUCGAAAGUUGGAUUGCCCUACCCACCGAAUAAAUCACUAUUUAGUGCACAAGUGUUAAGGAAACCAAUUACGUUAUCCAGUGGAUAGAUUUAUCCAUCUUUUGAACAACUUGGGCCAACACUACAAGGCAAUGUUUAGCAAACCAUAGUUUCUGCAGCUGACACCAAGAAAAAUUUUUAAAUAAGGACACAAUCAUUUUGGCUCCUUUACCUUCCCUCAACCCUCAUUAUUUAAAGAUUACUGAUAAUUAAGAAAUGUGAAAAAAAUUCUUGAAUUGAGGUAUGGCUUUUUUAUUUAGGAGUAAAAUGUUUUGAGUGUGUUUUUUUUUUUUCUUUCAGUGAUGCCACAACCACCCGACCCCUCCCAGUUACCGCCCAAACCAUUCAACCCAACGCCACAACCAACACAAGGAUCGGAAUUUGACUAUCAGCCACAGUUUCAAUAA